AUGUCUUCUCCAGUCCUCACACCAAAGGACGAGGCGGGUCAUGUCGACUACGACCACAAAGAAGUGUUGGCCAACUCCGAUCUCAUGAACGAUGCUUUCGAGGCCGAACACCUCGAGCAUCAACAGGGUGUAUGGGCCGCCGCCAAGGCCCACCCCUGGGCUUGUUUCUGGGCAUUCACUAUGUGCUUCACCAUUGUCAUGGAAUCCUUCGACAUGUUCUUGAAUGGAAACUUCGUCGCCCUCCCAGCUUUCCAGAAGCAUUACGGAGUCGAGGUCGAGCCUGGAAAAUACGCUAUCGAGACGAAAUGGCAGAGCGCUCUGUUCCAGGCUGGCCAAUGUGGUGCUUUUAUCGGUGUUUUCGCCGCUGGACCUAUCACCAACAUUCUCGGCUAUCGAUGGACCACCAUUCUUGCUCUGAUCAUGAUGAACGCUACCAUCUUUAUCUCCUUCUUUGCCAACUCCUUAGAGCUCCUCGUUAUUGGAAAAGCCUUCGAGGGUGUGCCAUGGGGUUUCUUCAUUGCCAACUCCCCUGCCUACGCCUCUGAGAUUGUCCCUCUCGCCCUUCGAAGUAUCUGCGCUGCCACUCUCCAGAUGAGUUGGUGCAUUGGCUCUGUCAUUGUCGCUGGUGCCACCUAUGCUUAUAACAAGAGAAACGACGAGUGGGCGUGGCGUGCACCUUUGGCUUUGCAAUGGUUGUUCCCUACACCCCUCUUGGUUCUCCUUUUCUUCGCCCCAGAGUCUCCCUGGUGGCUCAUCCGCAAAGGGUGCAAGGAGGAGGCACUGCGUUCCAUUCAACGUCUGGGAACUAGUGACACCAAGGCUUCCGCGCAGAAGCUUGCUAUGAUGGAGCGCACUGUUGAGAUUGAGGAGAAGCUCGGAGGAAACCCUUCCCUUCUUGACCUUUUCAAGGGCACUGAUUUGCGACGAACCAUCAUCACAUGCCUGGUCUACGCCUCGCAGAACUUUGCUGGCAACCUGAUUGCCAACCAGGCUACUUUCUUCUUCGAACAGGCCGGAGUCGCUCCUAGUCGUGCUUUCGAGCUGAACUUGAUCAACGCAUGCCUCCAGUUCCUGGCCAACUGUCUUUCCAUGCCUAUCGCCGCCAACUUCGGUCGCCGAACUGUCUACCUCUGGGGCACAGCUGUUAAUGUCACAUUCCUCAUGCUCCUCGGAGUUGUGGCAUCCAUUCCCCAGAACACUGGUACCAACUAUGCCCAGGCUAUUCUCGGAAUAUUAAUCUCUUUCGUCUAUGCCGGCACUCUCGGACCCAUCACCUACACCAUCAUUUCCGAGACUUCCUCGGUCCGUCUCCGUGCUCUAAGCACAGGUAUUGGUCGUGGCGCCUACUACGUCGCCGAGAUUCCUAUGAUCUACCUCGCCUCUCGCCUGCUCAACCCCACCGGAUGGAACCUUGGUGGAAAGUGUGGUUACGUUUGGGGAGGUACGGCAGUUGUCUGCUUCUUCUCUGCCUUCUUCUUCCUUCCUGAGCUUAAGGAUCGCUCAUACCGAGAAGCUGAUAUCUUGUUCAAGCGCAAGACUCCUGCCAGGAAGUUCAAGUCGACUGUUAUCGAUGUCACAGAGAACGAGUAG